UAACACGUGUUUCUCUUCCCUUUGCAGGGCGCUAUGACGCGAGGAGAGGCGCUAUAAUGGAGGCCGGCCGAGGGAGGCUCUCCCCUUCCCUUCGCCUCGUUCGCUAGCCCUGCUCUCCAUGCCUGUAGGCGACGCGGAACUCUGUUCUUGAAGGAUUUCAUGUGACUGACGCGUGGGUUCGAGAUGGAUUUGAGCACAGUGAGCCACCAGUCGCCCGGGUACAUGUGCGUGGAAAAUGGGGGCGACUUUGUUAGUACGAAUUUUAUCGAAGACGUCCGUUCGACCAAAGUGCCCGCGGUGCUCGAGGACAUCGCCCUGCCGAGGGGCUGUGACAUGCGGACCGUAACCAUGAAUGGAUUUAGCAACUCUUGCCAAGGAAAUAUCAAUGGCGCCAAGAACCUUCCCUCGGCGCCGACACAAGCCCAUCCCAGGGAUUUGCACGCGCUAGUAAAUGGUGAUCCGAACACCAAUUUCGACGUCCGCCUGUCCCAAGCGGGCCGAACGGGCGAGGCACAGACGGCGCAGCCCGGGCGGCCGGAGCGCCUGCCCUCGCAGUCGUCGGCGUCGUCGCUGCGCUCCUCCUCGGCCUCGGCGUCCGAACGCUCGAUCUCGUUCUCGGAUCAGGAGACCGUGUGCGCCGACGACCUUCGGCGCCGAUACGGGGACGCAGACGGCGACUCGCGCGUUCGCCAGCAGGGCUCCUUUUCCUCCUCCGAGCAGCAGGACCCCUCUGAGCCCCCGGGCGACGACGAGCGCUACCAGCCCGAGGACGAUGAGCUCUUCCAUCCCGACGACGACGACGACGGCGAGGAUGAGGCGGGGCUGCCCACGUUAACGGGCGUCGACAUGAGACACGCCGAAGUCAACAUCACGUCCACGAACGAGGUGGUUUUCGGCACCAAGGAAGUGUACAACAUCUCGUCGCCGCUGACGGAGGCCGUCCCCAACAUCAACGUCAUGAGCCCGAAGGCGGAGACGCCGGGCGGGGGCGCACAGGCGUCGGACUCCCGCGGCGGCGUCGGGCGCGUCGACGCCAGGGGCCGCCCUCUCCACCUCAACAUAGACAAGGCCCAACAUGCGGCCCAGGCGGCGAUCCCCAUGAUGUGCCGCCCGCACAGCCCGGUCAUCAAGUCACAGUCCACGCCCAUCCCCGUGUCCUCGUACGGCCUCACGAGCCCCGUGAUGUCCGCGCACCAGAUCUCGAUGGCCGCAGCAAUGGGCGUGCAGCAGGGGGCGGGCGUGCUCAACAUCCCCCUGCCCUCGCCCAUGCUCAGCCCGACCGGCAGCCAGCUCAGCAUGAGCCACCCUCUGGCGAGCGCCAUGGCCUCCCCUGCCAGUCGGAUCAACCUGCCCACGGUCGCCACGCCCACGAGCCAGGUCAACAUCAGCGACCCAGACAACGUCGUGGUGGGAACGCAGGUCGUCAUCCGCUGCAACGAGCCCCACGAGCACCGCCACGUCGAACCCCACGUCGCCACAUCCACCCUGGCGGAGGUCCGAGAGAAACUGGCCACCGUACCGGACCCAGACCGACCCCCUCCCUCCUGCCGUGGCUGAAGGGACACCAGGCCAUCCCCAUGAACGAGUUCUACACCAACUCGCGCAUCCUGGCCGUGGACAAGCAGGGCAAGCAGACGAGCCAGGCCGUGGACCUCGUCAAGGAUCUCAUCAAUGAGGA